GAUGAACGAGCAUUACAAACACAUCACCAGAGUAAUAAACGAAAAGGAAAAAGAAUGUAUCGAGAAACAAGCGAACAUCACAGAAUAACCUUCGUCCAUGAUUUCACCACGCGAGCAUCUCCAUUUCGCGUACCUUUCGCUGGCCGAAACACAUUUUCGAUGCUCCGCUUUGAACAUUAUGCCAACCGCGUGACACAGUCCACCUCCGUAGUCUGGCAAAUCGUCGUGACUCAAUUUAAAUACGGUCAAUUAUUGCGAAAUGCUGACUUGGCGAGCAGAACUAACUGCAUAAACAGCCGGAGACGAGAACGACAUUAGUAGUGUGAAAGUAUCGACAUUAUGCCGAACACGAAGGAUCCGUUUGGAGAGGACGUGUCGCUUCUUUACCCGGACAAUCACGGUGACAAGUUCACCAGGUUCGUCGAGACACCUUGUGAAACGCCGAUAAUCAAAGGUGUAGUAAAUCAAUUACGAAAAUGGCCAGCAGACAUGUUUUUCGCAUUCCUGACAGCCUGUCUAAUCAUAGGAAGUCUGGUUUUCUUGAUCUUCCUUACGGUGACUAUUUGUGUGCCCACUGUUAUCGGUAACAGAAUGGAAGAAAUCUCGAUCCUAGAGGUCAGAACAUCGUCCAAUGUGUAUUUUUUCAAAUUGGCUAAUCAAAAUUGGUCCACGACAGAUUACUGCUACAUAGAAACUGCAGCCAGAAGACAUCCAGACUUCAAUGUGUAUCUGAUAAACUUAAUAAAAGAAGAGCCGAACAGGAAAAGCUUGAAUCAGUCGAGUAUUAAUAGAACAAGAUUAGAAUCUAAACUGAACGAUCCGAAUAACUAUCAUUCUUCGGUAUCGAGUCCAGAGGAUAGGCUCAGGCAACGAUUGGUAUUUGGAAAUGGAAACAUAAGGAACAUCAAUGUGUCGAUCGAUAAAUUCUUCAAGGGCUCGAAAUUAUCGAAAGUUGCGAAACAAUUGGACGACGAAGUUCUGGAGAUCGCAGCCAAAGCACAAUUACUUUGGAGCGUCCCUGGUGUCGCGCUCAAACCGAACAUGUUCUGCAAUUUAGACUCGGUGAAAAGUUUUCUUUGCAAUAGCAAUGAAAACGAGUGUUUGCCAGACAAGCUAGCAACUAUUGAGCCAGAAAAUGACAUUCAGGUAACAGGAGUACCAUGUCAAGCUUUCAUGGGGUUUGUGGUCCAAGAAAUAUCGAGAAACAAACACAAUGGGAAAUACACGUUGAAAGAAGCGUUGGAAACAUAUUGUCCAAGACUGUAUUAUUGCCCGGAAAUCCGGAUCCUGAACUCGAAACCAAAGUGUCCGACGGAUGGUUUAAACUGCCCUAUCGUCUACUCGAGUAUACUGAUGCACAUCGCAUGACGGCCGAUAUAUUUUAUUAGAAAACUGUACACACAUAAGUUAUAAAAUAUAAUUUUAAACAAAAGAUA